ACUCCUCGCAUUAAGGAAGUACAGAGUCCGAGAUGACUGCAGUCCUUUUGCAGUGUUCUGCUCUGGUGAGUUUAGUUUUAUUCUCGGUUUAUGGAGAAUUCUGAGUCUCAUUUUCAGCUCUGUGAAAGGAAGUGAUUACUAACUGGACCUGCAAAGUCGUAUAUUAACUUUAAACAAUCCUGAAAUCAGGGUGUGAUUACUUUUGAUCAAAGUGAAAGUGAAUCUGAACAUUCGGACUGGAGAGAACAACAACAGCAGCAAAAUAAAAUGGCUUCUAAGUUUUCAGAGGAGGAUUUCUCUUGUCCUGUGUGCUGUGAAAUCUUCACGGAUCCUGUUGUUCUGCUCUGCAGUCACAGUGUGUGUAAAGUGUGUUUGCAAAAGUUCUGGGAGACCAAAGGAUCCCGAGAAUGUCCUGUUUGUAGGAGGAAGUCGUCUAUGGAGAAUCCUCCCUCAAAUCUGGCCUUAAAGAACCUGUGUGAGACUUUCUUACAGGAGAGAAGUCAGAGAUCUUCAUCAGCGUCUGAAACAGUCUGCAGUCUGCACAGUGAGAAACUCAAACUCUUCUGUCUGGAUGAUCAACAGCCGGUGUGUGUGGUGUGUCAAACUUCAAAAAUACACACCAACCAUAAAUUCUGCCCCAUUGAUGAGGCAUUAACAGACUGUAAGGAGGAGCUGAAAACUGCUCUGAAGCCCCUACAGGAGAAACUGAAGAUCUUUAAAGACUGUAAACUGAACUGGAGUCAGACUGCAGAACAUAUAAAGAUUCAGGCCCAACACACAGAGCGGCAGAUUAAGGAGGAGUUUGAGAAGCUUCACCAGGUUCUACGAGAUGAAGAGGCAGCCAGGAUAGCUGCACUGAGAGAGGAAGAGGAGCAGAAGAGUCAGAUGAUGAAGGAGAAGAUUGAGAAUCUGAGCAGAAACAUAUCAUCUCUUUCAGACACAAUCAGAGGCGUAGAAGAGGAGCUGAGAGCUGAAGACGCCUCGUUCUUACAAAACUACAAGGCCACAGUGAGAAGAGCUCAGUGCACACUGCAGCAUCCAGAGGAUCUUUCAGGACCACUGAUCCAUGUGGCAAAACAUCUGGACAACCUGAAGUUCAGAGUCUGGGAGAAGAUGCAGGACGCCGUCCAAUACACACCUGUAACUCUGGACCCCAACACUGCUCAUCCUAAACUCACUGUAUCUGAUGAUUUGACCAGUGUGAGACGCAGUGAUGAGGAACAGAAGCUUCCUGAUAAUCCAGAGAGAUUUGAUGUUUAUGGCUGUAUCCUGGGCUCUGAGGUCUUUAACUCAGGGACACACUGCUGGGACGUUGAAGUAGGAGACUGUACACGGUGGUUAGUGGGUGUGAUGACAGAAUCUGCUCAGAGGAAGGGAGAUAUAUUCUCCAGAAGUGGUAUCUGGUGUGUGGGGUAUUUUGAUGGUAAAUAUAGAACACGUUCUACACCACAGUCAUUCACUCUCCUCUCAGUAAAACAGAAGCUCCAGAGGAUCAGAGUGCAGCUGGACUGGAACAGAGGAAAGCUGUCGUUCUCUAACCCUCUCACUAACACACACAUACACACUUUCACACACACUUUUACUGAUAAAUUACUGCCAUAUAUAAGGGUUAGUUGUAAAAAAUCUCCUGUAAAGCUCCUCCCACUUCAGUGCUCUGUAAGAGUGAAUCAGAUCAGUUAGAGCUGAUAUUGUUUUAUUCCAAUUCAUUAAUGAAAUAUUGCUGAUGAAAAGAUUCAUGUUCUUUGUGAAAGUCUGUUUUUACUGAAGUACUGAAAAAAAAAAAAAAAUUUUAAAAAUUGUUAUGACAUGAUUUCACCCUCACCUUAUCAAUUACAUCAAAAAUAAUGUGAAAACUGGAAAUUAAUAAUUGGAUUUUCUUAUUCUGAGUAUUAAUAAUUAGACAAUAAAGUAAAUGCAUUCACAUAAAAAAAAACAUAAUAAUUUGACACAGCUACAGCAAAUUGCUAGCUAGCUGACAUUAUCCAGCAUUUCAAUCAAUCACUGCACUCUAUUCUUUCCAUCUAGCUCUGAACCCUGCAGUGAGUUACCCGUCUAAAUUGAGAAGUGCGCUGUUUAUGCUCCGCUUGCUCUGUAGAUGGAUAAGUGACUGGCUAACCUUACCAAGCUACUUAGAGUUUCCUGAAGUAUUGAUACUUUCGAUACUGAUGUUGUAUCGAAAGAAUCAAUCCUCACAUAAAAAUGUCGAUACUAAGGUCUUUUCUUUUCCAGUGAUUUUUAUUUAUUUUGACAAAAAUAUUUAAUAUUACUAUUUAAUAUUUAUUUAUUUCGUACAAUUAUUUAUUUAUUUAUUUAUUUUUGCUUAAAUGUACUUAAAAUCUGUCCUAGAUUUUAACACUCAUGACUAAUUACAGGCGUGUUGAGAACACAAAUCACAAAAUCUUUUAAUUGUCAUGAAAAUGUAUUCAGAUUUAGCAUAUUAAUGAUGCAUUCACCUCAUGAAUAUUGAUAGAAUGAGUACUAAUAAUAAGAUAAUCUCCAAAUAUUGAUAUACCUUAGUUAUUAGUUGAAUUUGAAGUGGUUUUAAGUUAAAAUAAUGGCAUACUGUUUUGAAAUAAUGAGUCAUUUGCUUUUUCAACUAGUGUCUCCUUCACAGCUUUCUGAUUUUAUUUCUAGUAUGAAAUCCUCUUUCUGCUCUUCUGAUGUUCUUCCUUCUCAUAUUUUUAAAGAGGCUUUUCCUGCUUUGAGUCCGGUCGUGACCGCUAUUAUUAAUACCGCUCUAGUAAAUGGGGUGGUGCAGGUCACUUUUAAACAUGCUAUAGUACAACUGCUGUUAAAAAUCAUCAUCUUGAUCAGCAUGUCAUGAAAAACUACUGAGCCAUUUCCAAACUAUCUUCCAUUUCAAAAGUCUGAGAAAAAGUCCUUUUAGUAUUUUUGAUUCAUUUCAGUUUGGUUUCAGGGAACUUCACAGUACUCAAUCUGCUUUGUUGAAGGUCACCCAUGAUAUCUUACUCACUCUUGACUCUUGCUGUAUUUUAAUCUUGCUUGAUUUGAGUGCAGCAUUUGACACAGUACAUCAUGAUAUCCUUUUACAAAGACUUGGUCAUGUAGUUGGUUUUCAGGGGUCUGUGCUGGAGUGGUUUGCCUCUUAUCUCAAGGAGAGAACUUUUUCUGUUAAUGUAGGGAAGUGUUUCUCAUCCUGUGCUCAAAUUUCCUAUUGUGUUCCUCAGGGUUCCAUUUUGGGUCCUCUUCUCUUUUCUCUAUAUAUGCUUCCUCUAGGUCAUAUAUUAUUGAGAGACACCACUUAUCCUAUUAUUUCUAUGCCAAUGACACUCAGCUUUAUAUACCUGUGAAAAAUAAGACCUGUUUGUCUGACUGCAUGACAUUAAGCGCUGGAUGGACAUGAAUGUUUUCACAACAACAAAACUGAAAUAACCGUCUUUGGUCCAUCAGCUUUGUCCUCUGACAGGGUCAGACAGUUUGGUCCCCUCUCUUCUAAUGUGUACGACUGUGCCAAGAACCUUGGUGUCAUUUUUGACUCGACACUGUGCUUUGAUAAGCAGAUUAGUGCUGUAGUAAAAAGCAGUUUCUUUCAGUUAAGAUCUGCUGCUAGAAUCAAGAUGAUGCUCUCCAAGAGGGACCUCGAAACUGUUAUUCAUGCAUUUAUAACAUCUAGGUUGGACUACUGUAAUUCACUCUAUCUGGGUUUGCCUAGAACAACUGUUGAUGGUUUGCAAUUGGUGCAAAAUGCAGCAGCCAGAUUACUGACUGUCAGUAAAAAACGUGAGCUCAUUACACCUGUGCUCGCUUCUCUUCACUGGUUACCGGUCAAGUUCCGUGUUGAUUCAAAUAUUUUGCUUUUUGCUUUUAAAGAUUUGCAUGGACUUGCUCUGCAGUAUGUUUGUGAUCUUCUCACCCCUACACUGCUUCAUGACCCCUUCAAUCAUCUAGUCAAUUUCUACUCUCUCCUCACUCCCGCUCUCAGGCUAAAGGUGACCGGACUUUCCCAGUGGCUGCUCCUGGGCUUUGGAAUAGUCUUCCUCUUCACAUUAGAUCUUCCUCUUCUGUUUCUGUGUUUAAAUCUUCUUUGAAGACUGUUUGUAUUCUUUAUGGUUUAAUUGUGGGUGUAAAUUUUUCAUUGGUCUUUUUUGGUUUUGUUUACUCUUUUAAUUUGUUUUAAUUCUGUGUUAUAUUUCUUGUACAGCACUUUGGUUUCAACAUCUGUUGUUUUAAAUGUGCUUUAUAAAUCAAUAAACUAAACUAAACUAAACUAAUUAAAUCAAAAUAACGUGAUAAAGUUCAAAUAUAACACUUCCCCCCCACACACUUUUAGUUCAGGUCCAGAAACAAAUAAACCACGGGAUGAAAUUAAAAUCAUAAACAUCUGUUUAAAUGUAGAAUCUGGAAUAGAUUUAAAUUUAUCGAUGUAUUUUAAAUAACUUUAAAUAAAGUGAGACUUUGAAGA